CGAGCCUCUGAGCCUAGCCCGGAGGGAGGGAGAAAGGGAGGGGGCGCGCGGGGCGGGGGGGGGCACGGGGCGGGGCAGGGCGGUGGGACCCACUGCUCCUCCCCCCGGAGCCCCCGCGCGGCCCCGGUCGCCCGGGCAGCAGCGGCGGCGGCUGAGGCGCUCGCACCCCGGGCCCUAGCGGGCCCCCGCGGAGCAGCGGGCACAGGUCCCAGGAAGGUGGCGUCAGCAUCUGCAGCCGCGUCGACGUUGUCGGAGCUUCCGCGGAGGACCCAGGAGAGCGGGACUAGGACCAGGGCGCUGGGCCUCCCCAUGGAGAAGUCCGCUGCCUCAACAGAGCCCCAAGGGCCUCGGCCAGUCCUGGGCCGCGAUAGUGUCCAGGUGCCCGACGACCAGGACUUCCGCAGUUUCCGGUCAGAGUGUGAGGCCGAGGAGGGCUGGAAUCUGACCUACAGCAAGGCCGGCGUGUCUGUGUGGGUGCAGGCUGUGGAGAUGGAUCGGACCCUGCACAAGAUCAAGUGCCGGAUGGAGUGCCGCGAUGUGCCAGCUGAGACACUCUAUGACGUCCUACACGACAUUGAAUACCGAAAGAAGUGGGACAGCAACGUCAUUGAGACUUUCGACAUUGCCCGCUUAACAGUCAAUGCUGACGUGGGCUAUUACUCUUGGAGGUGUCCAAAGCCCCUGAAGAACCGUGAUGUCAUCACCCUCCGCUCCUGGCUCCCCAUGGGCACUGAUUACAUCAUUAUGAAUUACUCAGUCAAACAUCCUAAAUACCCACCUCGGAAAGACUUGGUCCGAGCUGUGUCCAUCCAGACGGGCUACCUCAUCCAGAGCACGGGGCCCAAGAGCUGCGUCAUCACCUACCUGGCCCAGGUGGACCCCAAAGGCUCCUUACCCAAGUGGGUAGUGAAUAAAUCUUCUCAGUUCCUGGCUCCCAAGGCCAUGAAGAAGAUGUACAAGGCGUGCGUCAAGUACCCAGAGUGGAAGCAGAAACAUCAGCCGCACUUCAAGCCGUGGCUACACCCGGAGCAGAGCCCGUUGCCGAGCCUGGCGCUGUCGGAGCUCUCCGUGCAGCACGCGGACUCGCUGGAGAACAUCGAUGAGAGCGCGGUGACGGAGAGCCGGGAGGAGCGCACGGGCGGCGCGGGCGGUGAGGGCAGCGACGACGACACCUCGCUCACCUGAUUGUGGCACCACCGCAGGGACCUAGACAAGAUGGAGUGGGGUCAGGGGUGGCGGAUCCUCCCGCUUUCUCCCCUCCCCCACCGCCUGCGCCUCCUAGGGACGCUGGGCUGGGGCCCAGGCUGGCGCUGCGGCCCCACUGGACACAGCCCCAAUAAACGAUACCACAGCCUCA